AUGAACGGAAUGGCUCUUCCUCUCGGGUUGUGGGAACUUGGUAUCGUUGCCCUGGUCGGCGCCGUUCUCAUAUGGCCUGUAUUUAGCUACUUUCGGGAUCCGAAGAAGCUGCGCCGCUUCCCAGCACCCGGCAUCGCUGGGUUUACGAACCUCUGGAUGAUGUAUCACGCAUAUAAUUUCCGACGACCGAUGGCUACACAUGAAGCGCACCAACGUCUAGGCAAAAUCGUAAGGGUUGGCCCCAACCAUGUGUCAUUCAUUGGCAGGCAGGCUCUGAAAGACAUUUAUGGCCACGGAACACCCGCCCAGAAGGACAAAUUCUACAUCUCCUUCACCGGCACUCAUGAAAGCAGCUUGGAUGUUACGGACCGCAAGGCUCAUGGCGAGAAACGCAAACGCCUUGCAGCUGCGUUCUCGCAGAAGCGCAUUGCUGACAUGGAACAUCUGGUAGUCGACGACGUGCAAAAACUCCUUGAUCGUUUCGACAAAGCAGCCGCCACCCAGGAGCUAAUUAACGUGCGUUGGUACAUCAAUAUGCUCCUUUUUGAUUUGACAGGGCAUCUGGUAUUCAGUCAGAGUCUGGGUUGUGUGGAGCGUGGCGAUGACAUGAUGGUCGCCCAGAAGUUUGAUGGAGCCGUAUAUAAGACCAAACCAGCCAACGCUCUCCGUAACUCGCUGCGGAUCGGUUCGACGAUGGGAUGGAUUCCAUCCCGCUUCGGCUUGCUCAAAAGGCUCACUUGGUGGCAUCCUGGCUGGAAAGGUGGAGCAGACUUCACGUGCAUUGUUCUGCACAUGGUCCGUACCAGGCUCGAAAUGGAGAAGGGCGUUGUAUUGAACGAUUUUUUUCAUUCCCUGGUCUGGAACAAGGACCACGAGCCUUUAGGCCUCGAGCUCGGCGAGAUGGUGGCCGAAUGCGGUUUGCUUUUGAAUGCGGGCUCUGACACGACUACCAUCGUCCUUGUCGGUACGAUUUUCUUGCUCACGAAAUGGCCUGCCGCUGCUGAGAAGCUGCGUAAGGAGCUCGACGCAGAGUUGGAUGGCGAAGAUGGUGUUGUCGCCUACGACAGUGUCAAGAAUCUGCCUUACCUGCGCGCCUGUGUCGACGAAGCCAUGCGCAUGCGUCCACCACUGCGAGGUGGCCUGCCUCGUGUCACGCCUCCUGAGGGGAUGAUGGUAGAUAAUGAAUGGAUCGCGGGUAACACGACGGUUUCAGUACCUACAUACUCUUUGCAUCAUGACCCUGAACUCUUUGAGGACCCAUAUACUUAUAAGCCUGAACGCUGGCUUGCAGACGACGCGGCUAAUCUACAACAAGUCUUCAUUCCUUUCUCGGCUGGUGGUCGGGGAUGCAUUGGCCGAAAUGUCUCUUAUAUGGAACUGUUGGUGGUGGUCGGUACACUGAUGCGUCGGUAUGAGUUCGAAUUUGAAAGUCCCGGCUUUGAACUUGAGACUAAAGACACGGUCAACGCGCAUCCGGGACCCAUGAUGAUGCGAAUUCGUCGGAGAUUCACGCCUGAAAGUGCUGCUGGUCAUGAUUGA